GUUAUAUGCGGUUGGAGCGUUUUGGUAGCGUAGAGAGAAGGGUAGGGAGAGAGAGAGGCGAAGACGAGAGGCGCUCACAAUGGCUGACGCGUCAGAAUGCAGCAUCAAGGUGAUGUGCAGGAUCCGUCCGCUCAACGAAUCCGAGAAGGUUCGAGGCGACAAAUUCAUCCCGAAAUUCCAGGGUGACGACACCCUCUCCAUCGCGGGAAAGCCGUACAUCUUUGACCGCGUGUUUCCACCCAACACCACUCAGGAGCAAGUGUACAACGCGUGUGCACGGCAGAUCGUGAAAGAUGUCCUUGAGGGAUACAAUGGAACAAUCUUCGCGUACGGACAGACGUCGUCGGGCAAGACGCACACGAUGGAGGGCAAGCUGCACGAUGGGCACCUGAUGGGCAUCAUUCCCCGCAUCGUCCAGGACGUCUUCAACUACAUCUACUCGAUGGAUGAGAAUCUCGAGUUCCACAUCAAGGUCUCCUACUUUGAGAUCUACAUGGACAAGAUUCGCGAUCUCCUUGACGUUUCCAAGACGAACCUCUCCGUUCACGAGGACAAGAACCGCGUGCCGUACGUCAAGGGCUGCACGGAGCGCUUCGUGUCGAGCCCCGAGGAGGUGAUGGACGUCAUCGACGAGGGGAAGUCCAACCGGCACGUCGCCGUGACGAACAUGAACGAGCACAGCUCGCGCAGCCACAGCAUCUUCCUCAUCAACGUGAAGCAGGAGAACGUCGAGACGGAGCAGAAGCUCAGUGGCAAGCUCUACCUCGUCGACCUGGCUGGCAGCGAGAAGGUGAGCAAGACGGGAGCGGAGGGAUCCGUCCUGGACGAGGCAAAGAACAUCAACAAGUCGCUCUCCUCGCUCGGCAACGUCAUCUCGGCCCUCGCCGAGGGCACGAAGACGCACGUGCCCUACCGCGACAGCAAGAUGACGCGCAUCCUGCAGGACUCGCUGGGCGGCAACUGCCGCACGACGAUCGUCAUCUGCUGCUCGCCCUCGGCCUACAACGAGGCCGAGUCCAAGUCCACGCUCAUGUUCGGCCAGCGGGCGAAGACCAUCAAGAACCAGGUGAGCGUGAACCUGGAGCUCACGGCCGAGGAGUGGAAGAAGAAGUUCGAGAAGGAGAAGGACAAGAACAAGGGGCUCAAGAUGGCCGUGACGAGGCUGGAGGCCGAGCUCCUGCGCUGGCGCAACGGCGAGUCGGUGCCCGAGAGCGAGCAGCUGGACGCCAAGGAGCGCCGCAGCCUGGAGGCCAUGACGGUGGACAACGCGCCGGCGUCCGGGGGCGGCGGCGGCGGCGGCGCCGACACCCCCACCGCGCCGGCGGCCCCCGCGCCGCGCAUCGGCGACGCCGAGCGGAUCAAGUACGACGACGACAUCCGCCACCUCUACAAGCAGCUCGACGACAAGGAUGAUGAGAUCAACCAGCAGAGCCAGCUGGCCGAGAAACUCAAGCAGCAGAUGCUGGAUCAGGAGGAGCUGAUCGCAUCGACGCGCCGCGACCACGAGGGCGUCCAGGAGGAGCUGUCGCGGCUGCAGGCAGAGAACGAGGCGGCCAAGGAGGAGGUGAAGGAGGUGCUGCAGGCCCUAGAGGAGCUCGCCGUCAACUACGACCAGAAGUCGCAGGAGGCCGAGGAUCGCGGCCGCGACUACGCGGCACUCAGCGAGGAGCUCGCCCAGAAGAUCAGCUCCCUGGCGUCGAGCGAGGCCGAGGUGCAGCGGCUCCAGGAGACGAGCAGCCACCACAAGAAGCGUGUCACCGAGAUGCUGUCGUCGCUGCUCAAGGACCUGGGGGAGAUCGGCACGGCCGUGGGCAACAGCGACAUCAAGGCGGCGGACGCGAGCGGCAUGAUCGAGGAGGAGUUCACGGUGGCGCGCCUCUACGUGAGCAAGAUGAAGUCGGAGGUGAAGUCUCUGGUGAAGCGUAGCCGCCAGCUGGAGGCCACGCAGGGCGAGUGCAGCCGCAAGGCCGAGGCGUCCGAGCGCGAGCUCGCCGCCUGCCAGCUGCUCAUCUCGCAGCACGAGGCUAAGAUCCGCUCGCUCAGCGAGUACAUGCAGAGCGUGGAGCUGAAGAAGCGGCAGCUGGAGGACGCCUACGACACGCUCAGCGAGGAGCUCGCUCAACUGCGCGCUCAGGAGAAAAUGCACGAAGUGUCGUUCAAGGACAAGGAAAAGGAGCAUCUGGACAAACUGCAGGACGCUCACGAGAUGAAGAACGCCCUGGAGCAGCAGAUGAUGGAACACCGCGAGAGCCACCACAAGCAGCUGUCUCGACUGCGCGACGAGAUCGACGAGAAGCAGAAGAUCGUGGACGGACUCAAGGACCUCAACCAGAAGCUGCAGCUGGAGCAGGAGCGGCUGCGCUCCGACUACGAGAAGCUAAAAAGUGAGGAACAGGAGAAAAGUCGGAGACUCCAUGAGCUCACACUCCUGCAGGACAGACGGGAGCAGGCCAGACAGGACCUUAAAGGAUUGGAGGAGACCGUGGCGAAGGAGCUCCAGACCCUGCACAACCUGCGCAGGCUGUUCGUGCAGGACAUCGCCACCCGAGUCAAGAAGACAGCAGAAAUGGACUCUGAUGACACCGGAGGCAGCGUGGCUCAGAAACAGAAGAUUUCCUUUCUUGAGAAUAACCUGGAGCAGCUUACAAAGGUGCACAAGCAGCUGGUUCGUGACAAUGCGGAUCUGCGCUGCGAGCUUCCUAAGCUGGAGAAGCGCCUGCGCGCCACUGCCGAGCGCGUCAAGGCGCUGGAGGCUGCGCUGAGGGAGGCCAAGGAGAGCGCCAUGCGCGACCGCAAGCGCUACCAGCACGAGGUGGACCGCAUCAAGGAGGCAGUGCGCACACGCAACAUGGCGCGGCGCGGACACUCCGCGCAGAUCGCCAAGCCCAUCAGGCCCGGCCAGCACCCCAUGGCCUCCCCCACUCACCCCAUGAUCCGCGGCGGGUCGGGCUGCCUCUACCCCCACCGUGACUCCAGCGGAAUCCGCGGCGGUGCUCGCCCAGACAAAAUCAAUGGCAGCAGCCACUGUGGCUACGAAGCGGAGGACCCGUCCAAGCUGCUGCUGUGCCAACAGGAGGCUGCCGCCAUCUGAGCACGCACGCACGAAACGAACAUAUCCGACCAGACCCUGACCGCAACCCAACUCACCCCCACGUCUCUACCCACACACUCACCCGUCUACCCACUCGCCCCUCUCGCCAGACCCGUACUUACCCACCACCGCCCCCCCUCCCCCACCACCGGCACCGUCAAAAUAUAUAUAUUUUAAGACCGAUCGACCAACGCUGCGCUUCGCUGGAUAUACCCAUAAUGCAACGCGGUAACGGCGAGGAGGAGGAGGAGGAGGUCGACGAGGUGAGUGUCGCGGUGACCUCUUUACGGGCGAUCACCACCUCCCCCCCCCCCCCGCCGCCUCGUUUAAACGCCAGCGCCGCACGCCUUAGCGAGUCAGUGCGGCGACCCCCCCCCCCCCUGCCCCCCCCCCGUUAACGGUAAUGAACGGCGCGCUCUGAAGACGGCCCACGACGCGUCCGUCCAACUCCUCACGCCGGUCCGCGUUCGCGUCGUCGUUUUGUGUACGCGCGUGUUAUUUAUUUUUAUUUAAUUUGUACUUAUUUUUGGGGGGGUGGUGGUGUGGAGUUGGUUGGGUGGGCGAGUUGGGGUGGGGCGUUAAUGUAACUUUAGCGUUGGCGAGAUUUUGGGCGGGGGGGGGGGCACGGGGGUCGGGGGUCGGUUGGCGGUGACAAAGUUCUGUGGCACCGCGAUGACGAUGACGACGAUCACGACGACGACGACGGGAGGAUGACGGAAGAGAGACUACGAACGACACAGAGAGAUGAGGUCACCUGGCGGUGCCGAAUCUCAACAGGGUCUAUCGCCUGGGUUAAAUCAAGCGACGAUUCCAUCAUUCGUACCGUCAGCCAGACGGACGGUCGAUCGGUGCACCGCAAGUCAAACAAUUAUUUGGUGAUGCUGCUGCUGCUGCUGCGUUGGCCAUAGUGCGCAACGCAACAGACUUGGCGCGUUCCGUGUCGAGAACACUUUGUGCGUGGGGCCUCUAUGGGAAAGAUAUUAUCAGAGACGAUGUUGCGGGAAAUGGGCCUCUUUUCACGCGUGACAGAGACGGACCGUUACCGAAAACGUUGCCGAUUUGACAUCUACAGUUAGACUCUUCGAUUAUCGGCGCUAAUGACGGGUAGGACGGCCGCGCGGAUAAUUCAACAUCGCGGAUAAUCCAAAAAUAAAAACUUUUCCGCGAAUCUCGAUGCCAAAAACCACUGAUAUAGGUAUAAAUUUCGUUCAAUUGAAGAAAAUUUACUUGGAAAAAUAUGCAACUACUGUACUGGAGAGGCGAUCACGUGGGUUUCGGAUUCACCGGAGCAACAUAUUUGUUCGGUAUUCUUUGGGUCUUUCGGUAAAGUCACGUAGAUAGGUUCAAAGAAAAUAACAAAAUAAUUCAAAACUACAACGUUUCGAACUAGGACGUUUCGUUGUGUUGCGAUUGAAACGUCGUAGUUUUUUGUUAUUUUUUAUUAUUUUCUUUGAACCUAUCCACGUGACUUUACCGAAAGACCCAAAGAAUAUGAAUUCCUGCUGUCACGAAAGCUUUAAGUCAAUAUUUGUUCGGUUUAAGCACGUGACUUGUGAAAAACAUUUACAAGAAUAACAACGUUGCGUGAACUAUUUUUAGAUUAUUAAUCUGGGCUUAAGGGGAAAUCCGCGGGUUAUUAAUUCAUGUCAAAAUCUCAGGUGCACAGUUAAUCCGCAAAUCGGAUAAACCGCACGCCAAUAAUCGAGAGUCUACUGUAUAGAUGAAAGCCACAGUGUUAUCGAUUAAUGUGUUGAGUAAAAAUAACAAAAAAAAUCGAUUCUUCAAUCGAAUUCUGGCCCUUGCGAUUUGCCACAAUUUCAUCGAAUCGCCCCAGGAAGUCGAAUCGGUACACGCCUGCUACAGAGCUACGUGUGCAUGUUGAACUUCUUUCGCGCCGUACGUUGCCAACCUUGCCAAUCGGAGCGAACAGCGACACAUUCACAGCAGCGACCCGUGCCGUCUCUCGGUAUUGCAGCGGGAGAACGCCCAUUCCUUCGCAUCGGCGGUGAGCGACAUCCCAGUAACGCGUGCGACGUCGGGCCAACGUUGCCCGCUUACUGGGAUUGUUAACGAUGAUGACCCAAACAGCGCCACCACUGACCCCCCCCCCCCUCCAAAUACUGCCCUCUGUACAUAUAUGGAUAGCUGUUAAUGGUAUUUAACACGUAGUGAGCGUGUGUGUGUAUGUGUGUGUGUAUGCGUGUGCGCAACCGGUUCUGGACCUCCCCUGGGUCGACUCGGCCUCAAAUGUGUACCUGCUGCGGUGUGUAAACAUCGCCACUGGGGAGACAAAGGCGGCCUGGCGUUGGUGCUGGCCGCCCGCCCCUUCGUGUGCCGUGCCGGCCAUCAUAGGUGCUGCUCGCUAACAGCACUUGCCCCAACAAUCUGUCAAGUCUCUAGGGGGGAUGUGUCUUCGUGUGCAUCAAAAACCACAACGCAGCGGUUCGUGGCACUGCGCUCCGGACCCGGUGACCCGAGUUCGAUUCCCAUCGAUGGCCAAAAAUCGGGUGGCGAUUAUUAUCCGAACUCAGUCCUGGGCCUUCCCCCUAAGUCGACUCGUCGUCAAAUUGAGUACCUGGUGAGGUGUGUAAACACAUCGGCACCGGGGGAGACAAAGCCGGCCGGGCACGGUGAUGGCCUUUGCUCGCGCGUUGUUCCGGCCUUAAUAGGCGCUCGCUAACGGCACUUGCCCAACAAAGGCGGCACGGGAUCUUAGUCUCUGUUGUUGGCAAAAGCCAAAACACUCAUGCGUACGCACGCACAUACGUAGACACGCACGCAGCACGCGCGUUUGUGAAACGUCGGUGGAACGGACGUUUGUGUGUGUGCGCGUGCACCGUUUGUAACGUUACGUUGUUCGGUUAUCGCUGUCGUAAUUGUCGAUGUCACCGUUAAUUUUAUCUCUGCCGCCCGCCGCCCGCCCUUCCAUCCCUCCCUCUAAUUGUGUCAUUACAGGACGGGUAGCUUCAGGUAUAGCUUAUACAUAAACACAGUACAUACCAAUAAUAAUGAUAUUAUUAUUAUGAUGAAUAACAACAACGGUGAAUAUUAUUCGUGUGUGUUGGCCGUCGCGACCACCGCCCGGCCACCGCUGCUGUUGUGUAUGAUAUUAACCGUGUCGCUGGCAGGCGUGCGUCUACUCAAGAGGGGUCCGUCUCGAACCGAGAACAUUUCAAACCACCCUUCACCGCCCCCCACGAUUUCAAAUCCAAAGGCAGCGCCGCUCACAGACACGCACCGCACGCACAUGCACGCCCCCCCCCCCCCCCCCCCCGUUGAGCCGUCGGUCGCGUGAACCGAACCGUUCUCGGAGUCAUCGCGCAACUCAAACAUCGGUUGCCGCACGACUGCUUUGUCCACGUCUGACCGAGGGGUCCCAGCACGGAAAUUGCAACGGCGCUGUUCCGAGGAUUGCAUAACGGAUUGCGUAACGAACGCGUCGCUGCGAAACCACCAAGUGGAUCGAUGCUCGUCUCGACUGCGAGCGGGCAACCGGUUGCGCGCACCGCUCACAACCGGUUGCAGGGACGUCCGCAUUUAAGGGAUUCAAUUGCGUGCAACUCAUUGCAUCGGCGAGGACCAGGCUUAAAUGGUCGACACGAUUCCGUCUGUUUCGGAGCAGGUGAUCCGCUUUUAGCUUUGGGCGAGGGGAGUGCGUUGGCAGGUGAGAGGGGAUUGCAGGGCAGAAUGAAUGACCACAUCGGACUGAUGGCAAAACUGCCUUGUCGCAUUGACAUGAUCUGGCGUCAUCUCAGUAACCGGAGCCGAACCGUGAGUCCUUGUAAACGCGCGCUUCGAUGCCCGAGUCAACCGUGGGUGAGUUUUUGCAAAGUGCACUCAAAGGGUGUCAUGGGUGCUGCCACCCCCCACUCGUGUGCUCGGGUUUGAUUGGCCGGUGGGGAAAAAGAGAGCCACGCCCACUUUCGGUUGUCCAAUCGGCGUUGAUUUUGAAACGAGACCUCAUCUUUGAGGCCAUGACCAAGUAUGUAGGGUCCUGAAUUUUGACUCUGCAGCGACGAUCCGCUUGCUCUCAGUAAUUUGUGUGCGACAUUGAAUCCGAUUGAUAGAGGCGUCGAUUACGGUUGAAUUGGGCUGAACUCCGAAACUUUGCUGAAUACAUUUUUGGCCGGAGUGCGAUUUCACAUUAGCCGAUCGUUACGAUUGCCAGGGACCGAUGUUAUCGCUUUGGAAAUGUUACCCCAUUCCAUACAGUAAAACGUUGGAUUGCGAGCGUAAUUCGUUCUGGAAACGUGCUUGUAAUCCAAAGCACUCGUAUAUCAAAGCACUCGCAUAUCAGUUGUGAUCACGUGACGCUCGGCAGACAAAGCGUAUACACGUACUGCUCGUAUUGCAAGACCUCGCUCGUUUAUCAAGUUAAUAUUUAUUUAAAGUUUUGCUCGUCUUGCAAAACACGCGCAGACCAAGCUACUCGCAAUCCAAUGUUUUACUGCGUUUGACUUCAUCAGCAGGGUCAAAAACACAGGAUGGUAGGACAAAGGAGAACUCAGGCGAUUUCAACUUGCUCGAGUAUAUCACAAUUAUCAAACGUAAGGCACGUCAUAAUGCAAUCACAGCUAAAAAUGUAACCUUACACUCGUGUGAAGGAGAGCCGACACAAGAUUGCAGGGGGGUUCGUCUUUUAAUCCUUUCCUCCCCAUCCACACCUGUCCCCAGCCAUCCCAAUCUGGUUCCCGCCAAAAGCCCCCUUCUUCCCUCCCAUUCUCCCCUUAUAUCUCCUCGAUUGCCCCUCCCACUAACCCCCCUCCUAUUGGUGGGAAUCCUUCCCCUGACACCCCCUACACUCGUGAAACGUAUGCAUAUCCUUAACUGUGCGUGCAAUGAGGCUGUUUUAAAAUAUAAGGUGAAACAUUUUUUAUUGAGGAUAAUGGAAGAAACAAAACUAUGAACUAUGCAGAUGAGACAAACGAUGAGUGAUGCAAACCAAAAUUCGACGGAAAAUAUUUGACUGUUAAAUUCAAUCGCACCCCAACCCUCACCAAAUUGCAACUCAAUUGCAACUCAGUUAAGCUGCAAGUUGCCGAGGGGGAAGGGUUUAAUCGUUACGUAACGAGGCUAAACAAUGCCAUAACGCUAAACAAAACACAAUUCAAACUCUUUGGGUCUUUCUGUAAAGUCACGUAGAUAGAAAAAUAAUAGAACACGACGUUUUGAUCGCAACGCAGGCAAUCUGAAGACGAUUAGUAUGAAUUCCUGCAGUCACGAAAGCUUUAAAUCAAGAUUUAAAACGCAAUUCGUUUCAAAUCUAAAUUCCAUAAGCUACGACUCUCUAGAGAGUGUAUCUCUAAAGCACCCUCGAGCUCCCUCUAGCGGAGGCCCAUCCACCGGCAGCGAUAUUGCAGGGCUGCACCUUUUGCCCUUCUUUCACAUCGCAUCGCAGCAUUUGCCAGCCGAUUCGUCGUCGACGGCUGGCGGCCUAAACGCACGUGCCACGUGUCUAUCCUAGGGGUUCCCCCCCCCCACCACCACCCCGCAUUUCUCCCCCUCCCCGGAGCGCGCGUCUCCUCAUUGGCAACCGUUCUUCCGACGGCACCUGACCAACCAAUCAGGGAGCUUCGGAAACCAGUCGAUUCUCCAAUCAGGUUUUGAGCCGCCCGCUCCGGGGGGGUUGGAGGGGGGGGGAGGGGAGACCGCCCGUGUGGCUGCGAUCGACCAAUCGGCGGCAGCCUGGCAGCGGCCGAUCAGCCAAUCGGUAAGCUGCUCUGCGUUUGACAUUCUAAUCGCUGCCCUGUGAACCCGGCCACCCGGGUUCGAUUCCCGCUCACGGCCAACACCAGUGACGAUUAUCUGAACCGGUCCUGGGCCUCCCCUAGAUUGACUCAGCCUCAAAUGAGUACCCAGUGCGGUGUGUUAACAUCGCGACUGGGGAUACAAAGGUGGCUGGGCGCGGUGCUGGCCACACACCCCCUUCGUGUACCGUACCGGCCUUCAUCGGUGCUCGAUAACAGCACUUGCCCCUACAGUCUGUUAAGGCUACAUAUGGGGGAUCUUUGUCUCAUCGCUGGCAAUGCGAUGUUAUUGAAUUGCGAUAAUCAAGUUAGGAAAUGUCACGGAUAUGCAUGGAUUGCCCAAACCUUUCCAACGUGCGUUUGCCUUCGGAAGCGUUGAAUUGGUAGUCGAGAAGCCGACGGGUAACACUUGGCGCGAAAUGCGUUUUUCACAUUUGUGAAGUCCUUUUUGCUUUGGUAGCUGUCUCUAAAUACUGGACAACCCCUUCAUUCAAGUUGGCUUCAUUCUUCUCUGAGGCUGGUUGGUCCCCAACAACGCAACUUUUACACUCAAGUUUAGUGUCGUAUCGGAUCAACUUUACGAAGGUUAUCUCUCUAAAGUUGUGGUGAUGAAGUGUAAGCCACUUCACCAAGCUUAUCUUUGGUGAAGACUGUGUGCGUUGCGAUGAGAAAAGUUUUGUUGGUCUGAUGUGGCCUCGUAGUGGUAGGAGAAGUGUGGGCGCCACGGUGGCUAGGAGAUGUUAACUUCCCCGCCUGGUAUACAGGAGAUCGUGGGUUCGAUCCCGACCCUUGACGCCUGCUGCUGUAUAUUUGAAGUUUGCACGUUCUCCCCGUGGUCGCGUGGAUUUUUCUCUGGGUCCUCAGGUUUUUCCCUCCACAUUUAGAAUCACGAGUUUCGAGUGUUUGGCUGCUAUACAUUUCCACGUGAUGGUAAGCCACUUCGUUGGGCUAUCAAAUUGUGGCCAGGUCGUUUCUGAAAAAGAGCGACAUAGUUCAGUGGAUCUUACCUGGUAAAAUUUAAAAAGUAACAAAGGACUUGGGAGUAAAUGCUGCAGUAGUGGCCUCUACCCUCCGUCUCAUCCUCAGCCGUUUUCCUACCAUCUACCCACAGCCGCCAACACAUCGUUCUCCAAUCACGGUCCUGCCGAAAACAGGGGUGGGAGAGGACUUUCAAAUAUCUUUGGCAGGCAAUCACGCAUUACAACAUAACCGCCUUUUACCACUAAGUGGCGGUGACGUCACCACGGCGCUUGUGCCAUGCUAGGUGCACGUUAAAGCACGCACACAGGCACACUUCUGCCACGUCCGUCAUUGCAAGAGGGCCCUUGCAGUCACAAAUUUGACUUGAGCGUGCCAACAUGAGAAAUGUCACGUUGUUGCCAGGUCUAAAAAUCUUUCCCCCCAGUACCCGAUCAGUUCGGCUUAAGACGCUGGCAGUGACUGAUAACGAAAGCUUCUAAGUGGUAAGGCCUCAGGUGGCCGCAGUUAAUGAAGUCACUGGCCAUAGGUUCCUCCAGCCGCAAAGUCUGGGCGAGUUCACAGAGAGACAGCGUGCGACUAUAAUCCGGCCUGCGACAUUGCUCGAUGCGCGACGUCGCCCACUGAUGGAAUAAAAGGAAGAUCGGUGUUGCCAGUUCCUUAAAGCGACAAGUCUCCGAACGACACCUCAAGUCGCUACAUGUCGACGUUCGCACGUGGUUAGAACCGCUGGACCAACGUUGAUCCAACGUUCCAUCCAUGAUAUAGUUUUUUUUGGGUUAGAUCGUGUAGAUAUUAAUGUGUCGUUAAACCCGCCACCACCUGACAUGGCCAAUUAGUAAUGGGUUUGUCACGUAAACAGAACGUGCCAAUUCGUUACUAGCACAGCACACCGGUUGUGUGUUGGAGAGAAAAUCCACAACAUUUACAAUCAAAUCCCAAAAAACUAUAUAAUGGAUGAUAUUGGUCGCGAAAGCCUCCGUGUUACAACCAACGUUCCAUGUUGACUGGGUAGAUGUCACCCAUUAAUCGUCACUUGACAAUCGAAGCCGAUCGUUGAUACCUGAGCAGCAAACCUAUGAACGGGAUCCUGAAUGCACCUUGAAUCAUUCCAAACAAAAAAACAAACCUGCGCCGUCGUCUUCGUUCCCGAAAAAUGUCGCGAGAUUCUCUUCGGUCGCAUCGAUAGAAACAUCGAGACGAAAAAACUCGCAACAACAACAUCUAGCGGUGACAACCAACAACAUCAAAACUCGCCGAGUUGGCAACGCGCUGAAUAUUUAAACGGAUGUACGGGGGGGGGGGGGGGCGGUGGAGGAUCGAGCGAGAAGUGGCGAGGCUGCGGAUGGGUGGAUGAGGGAGUCGCCUCCGAUGGACUCAUCCGCUGUCUGUCGCCGGGAGGUGUCGCAGGACGCGUGAGCGACAGUGAAACCCGCUCUGUCGACAGAAACGAACGCCGCUGCUACGCGUCCGACGUUGCGGUCGUGGGGGUCAUCAUCAUGGAUCAUCGUGAUGGAUCAUCAUCAUAGAUCAUCGUGGGAUCAUCAUAGAUCAUCGUGAUGGGUCAUCAUCAUAGAUCAUCGUGAUGGAUCAUCAUCAUGGAUCAUCGUGGGAUCAUCAUAGAUCAUCGUGAUGGAUCAUCAUCAUAGAUCAUCGUGAUGGAUCAUCAUCAUGGAUCAUCGUGAUGGAUCAUCAUCAUGGAUCAUCGUGAUGGAUCAUCAUCAUGGAUCAUCGUGAUGGAUCAUCAUCAUGGAUCAUCGUGGGAUCAUCAUAGAUCAUUGUGAUGGAUCAUCAUCAUGGAUCAUCGUGGGAUCAUCAUAGAUCAUCGUGAUGGAUCAUCAUCAUAGAUCAUCGUGGGAUCAUCAUAGAUCAUCGUGAUGGGUCAUCAUCAUGGAUCAUCGUGAUGGAUCAUCAUCAUAGAUCAUCGUGAUGGGUCAUCAUCAUGGAUCAUCGUGGGAUCAUCAUAGAUCAUCGUGAUGGAUCAUCAUCAUAGAUCAUCGUGAUGGAUCAUCAUCAUAGAUCAUCGUGAUGGAUCAUCAUCAUAGAUCAUCGUGAUGGAUCAUCAUCAUGGAUCAUCGUGAUGGAUCAUCAUCAUAGAUCAUCGUGGGAUCAUCAUAGAUCAUCGUGAUGGAUCAUCAUCAUGGAUCAUCGUGGGAUCAUCAUAGAUCAUCGUGAUGGAUCAUCAUCAUAGAUCAUCGUGAUGGAUCAUCAUCAUAGAUCAUCGUGAUGGAUCAUCAUCAUGGAUCAUCGUGAUGGAUCAUCAUCAUAGAUCAUCGUGGGAUCAUCAUAGAUCAUCGUGAUGGAUCAUCAUCAUGGAUCAUCGUGGGAUCAUCAUAGAUCAUCGUGAUGGAUCAUCAUCAUGGAUCAUUGUCACGGCGAGACGCGUCGAUGCGCUGUGACGAGAGAGAGAGAGGCCUGCCCAGAGUACACGUACUACUACUACUAACUACUGUUCUGUAUAGCACUGCAUGUAGCCCAUGCUUGAUGAUGGAUAAUGGACAAGCCUAUAUCCCCCCACCCCCUGGUAGCCGUUAGUUCAUCCCAUGCGUUAUAGCCUGUGACCAUGAUGUGCUGGUUCAGUAAAGAUUGAUGAUGAUGGAUAAUAACAAUAAAAAAAUACAUCAUGAUUCAA